UAUAACAAAAAAAUUUUAUAUGCGGACAUAUAGGUGAAAAAUUUUAGAACUUUUGUGAAAAAAAAUGAGUAAAAAACCGAUUGAUUUAAAUGACGCAAAACAAAGUUUUGUUGAAUUGAUGCGAUCAUUGAACUCAACUGAUCAACAAAAAUUUUUAGUAUUUAUUAUGAAGGAAUGGAAACUUAAACCAUCUAUGGCUUAUAAUGAUUCAGGGGAUGAUGCAUGUAAUAAUAAAAAAUUAAUGGAUGAGUCCAUGUGUAUUUUAAAUUCUAUUGCUUCUGAUAUUAAACAAAAGAUUCCAUUUAAUGCUAUAUUGUCAUCUGAAAAUUUUAUCACUCCUUUAACAGGAGAGAAUUCAGAUUGCGAUCCUAGUGUUACAUUACAUAUGGAUGAAUUCCUUUAUAAUGAUGAAGAUAUUGAUAACCUCAUAGAUAGUAAUCAAUUAGAAAGAUACUAUUGCACUGAUUGUAGAUCUAGAAAUGUACAACCAUUGAUUUAUUUAUCACACUCCAUGUCACAGGAUGGAUUAUACUUUAUAUUUAAAGUGCUACUACCUACUUUGGAAAACAAAACUAUACUUGAUAUAGGAUCAAGAUUAGGUGCAGUUCUUUAUGGGGCGUAUGUAUAUACAGAUGCUAGAAGAAUUAUUGGUGUUGAAAUGAACGGAGAAUUCUGCAAUCUCCAAAAUGAAAUUGUAUGUAAAUUUAAAAUGGACAAUCGUAUAUCUAUCUUGCACAAAAGAAUAGAAGAGGUUCCAGAAAUAAUCGAGCAAAGUGAUGUUAUUAUCAUUAAUAAUGCAUUUGAAUUUUAUUUAUCGAGGGAUGUACAAAUAGAUAUAUGGAAAUGUUUGAAAACUGCAAUAAGACCAGGAACGCUGCUUGUUACUCGUCCAUCUGUCGAAACAACUUUUAAAAUUUUAUUAAUUGGAAUUUCGAUAGAAAAGUGGUUAAAACCUUUUAAAAAACCAGAUUUUAAUAAAUUUCCUUUCUUACUUGAUUAUGAAGAUAAAUUCUCUGAAAUAUGGUGUUAUGAAGUUCUUUAAAAAAUCAUGUCUUUUAAGAAAAUGCAAUUUUAUUGAAGAUACUAGAUUUUAAAUAUUUGAUAAAAAUUUGUUAAUGUCAUUAGCAAAAUAAGACGAAUAAAAGAUAAAUCUAGAUAAA